AUGGAUACCCCCGCCUCCCAAGCAGGCCUUUCGCAUUUCCUGCAUGGCGUUUUGUCUGAACUUUACCAGCACCCUUCUCCUCAUGUUCCUGACCCUCCAUCCUGCAAGAAACGGGCCUCUGUCGCCUUGAUUAUCCGUGUUCGUCCGACCUAUAACCACUGGCCCACCUCGUCCUCAAUCGGAGAUCCUUCAUUACCAGUCAAAGACCGACUAGACGAAUUCUUUUCUCAGCCAUGGGUACAAAAUGGAGACCCGGAGGUCCUUUUUAUCAAGCGCGCUGCGCGUGUCGGAGAUCGGUGGACGGGUCAUAUCGCGUUGCCCGGCGGAAAACGAGACCCAGAAGAUACAGAUGAUCAAGCAGCAGCUAUACGAGAAGCUUCGGAGGAAAUUGGGCUGGACUUAACUACUGAUGACUGCAUUCAUGUGGGAAAUCUUCCCGAACGAUGGGUAACGACUAGUUGGGGAUCGGUGCCAUUGAUGGUCCUUUGUCCUUUUAUCUUUCUAACCACUCGAAGUGAUUCUCCGACUUUGAAUUUACAGCCCACCGAGGUCGCAUCAACUCAUUGGAUCCCCUUCAAAGCACUUCUGUCACCAAGCGUCCGCACCGUGGAACAUGUGGAUAUCUCACAACGAUUCACUAAGCAGAGUGGCUUUCUGGCUAGGAUGGCAGUUAGAUCAUUGAUGGGGUUCAUGCAAUUCUCCGCUGUUCGGCUGCUUCCAUCGGAGUCUCAACAAUGUUCCUCAGUUCCUGGAUUCAUCCCAAAUGAGAAAACUCAGCCCUCCUUUCUACAAGGUUUAAAAUCAUGGUGUUUAAGCAACCAAGCAGAAUCCGGUGAAAGGGAUAGACCGCUCCUCCUUUGGGGUCUCACCCUCGGCAUUUUGACCGAUUUCCUGGAUCUAUUUCCCCCCAACGACGCCGUCCAGUUGUGGAAGCCUCCAACUUUUGGCGUACCCGAUCUCCGGCUGAUUGUCAGUGUCUUAACUUACAAUCUACGGAAACACAAUAAAGAGCAAUUGAAAGCGGCUGGCAUUCUUAAGAAUACUAACUUAGACGACAAACUCAAUGCGCUGUCUGCUACCUCGGAUACUGUCACCCACAACCAGGAUCAGGGCGAGGUUGGCAGAACCGAACGAUCAGGGUCCAGUGGCCAAACAACCGAUGGGCAUGCUUAUGCAGUUGGCAUCAUGCUACGAGGUUAUUACGAUCGAUUGCGUGUGGCGAUCUAUUUAUUUCUUGCCUGGCGCAUUGCACUAGGAUCGGCAGCCGGCUUCACUGCUUGGCGCUUCUUUCGGCGACGUUGA